AUAUCUCAAUAAGCUUGCUCUCCCUAGUUGUCACAGCCUGUGGUCUUGCUCUAUUUGGUGUCUCUCUGUUCGUGUCCUGGAAGCUUUGUUGGAUCCCUUGGCGAGAGCGUGGUCUGCCAUUUGGGAACAAAGACAACAAACAAGAAUCACUGAACUACACAGAUACAGAGACCAAUGACCAUGACUACAGCGAGGAUUAUCUGGGUCAGCCUACAGCCUAUCCAGAGUCCUCCAUGAAGAUCAGCCACACCUCCCCUGAUAUUCCAUUAGAUGCUCAGGCGGGAACGAAGGAGAACUGUGUACACAAUGUGCGAAUGCAUCGUCAGAUCACUGAACCAACCUCUUCUGCUCGGCAUAAUUCAAUCCGAAGACAGCUCAACCUCUCCAACCCUGACUUCAACAUCCAGCAGGUUCAGAAACAGGAGCAACUGACGGGGAUUGGCCGCAUUAAGCCAGAGCUAUAUAAACAAAGAUCAGCGGACACAGAUGAAGGCAGGAGGAGUAAUAGCAAGGCAUGCGGAAAACUGAACUUUAUUCUGAAAUAUGAUUGUGAUUUAGAGCAGCUGAUAGUGAAGAUACACAAGGCCAUCAACCUGCCAGCAAAGGACUUCUCUGGAACGUCAGAUCCAUAUGUGAAGAUAUAUCUGCUUCCUGAUAGGAAAACAAAACACCAGACUAAAGUGCACAGAAAGACCCUAAAUCCAGUAUUUGAUGAAGUUUUUUUAUUUACUGUCCCAUACAAUGAUCUGAACGCAAGGAAACUCCAUUUCUCUGUGUAUGACUUUGACAGAUUCUCCAGGCACGACUUGAUUGGCCAAGUGAUAGUGGAUAAUUUUUUAGAUUUGGCAGAUUUUCCCAGGGAAUGUAAUAUUUGGAAGGAUAUUGAAUAUGUCACCAAUGUAAGUAUCAUAAUUUUUCUUUCUGAGAUU